CACAUCGGUUGUCAAUUCUGACUUGAUCCUGACACUCCGACAUGUAUCAAAAUAUUCCGUGUUACUUCCAAAUUCCCGUAGUAUGGCAAAUACUAAGAAGCUAAAAACACACAAUCAGUUAAAAUAUGUUUCAAAAGUGCUUUCCGAUUCAGAAACAUCCAGGUCCACAUCAUGCGGAAUUGAUACUAUUUCCACUGACAUGGAAGAUGUAAAUGUAAAAAAUUACGAAUUGAGCUUUCUUCAAGACCAUUUUGAACUAAUCAAAGGGCGAUUAUUUGACUCAGAAAAGUCGUUACAUAAUAAAACAGUUCUUAUCGAAAUAAUGAGAGUACAAAUGAGAGAAAUGGAGCAGUCUCAAAAAAUACUAAUUGAUGAGAAAAAUACCUUAAAAAUAAAAUACAGAUCCAUCGUUCAUGAUUUUAUUACCUUGAAACAAAUGUGUAAAGAAUUGAAAGACGACAAUAAGCAUUUACGUACUGCCUUGCAAAAACUAGGAAACAUAUAUAGUGCAAGCACUGGCUUAGACCAUACGUUCAUUGAUAAAUUUCUCGUGGAACAAAAGGUCGUCCUAAACGAUAUUACAUGUAAAUGUGAUAACAAUGCCUUAGAUAUCCCAGAAAAGAAGUAUGGACCAACUGAUAAAAUCAAAUGUCAAAGAUGUGGUCUAUAUAAAAAUUUUAUGAGUAUUGAGGAUGUCAUAACGGAAUACACAGAUGUAAUAUCAAAGCUUGAAGGUGAACUCGGUGUAUUAGAUUCAUCCAUAAACAAGCUAUAUUCCAGUAAUUUGGACAGAGUGAUUGAAGAAGACUCUUCUAAGCAGAACGACUUAUCCUACAUAAAUAAAGAAGAAAAAAUGACUUGUGUGCGAUACGUCCGUAGCACAGGUGUAGAGACUGAGAGUUUAGAGUAUCCACCUAUACAACAAGGAAAUUUAGCUGUUUCUUAUGUUAAAAGCAUAAUGGGGCCGUCAGGAAAUAAUUUAUCUAUUUUUGAAGAAAACUGUCAGCUUAAGGUACAGAUUCAAUAUUUUCGAUCACGUUUAAAAAACACAGAAAAAAUAUUACUGGACAAAGAAGCCCAAAUAAUAAAACUGAAAAGCAGAAAUGAUAAAUCGAACAAAACUUUUUUGGAAAAUAUUGUGGCGGAGAACGACAGAGUAGUUAAAGAGAACAAACGCCUUUCGAAAGAGAACGAACGUCUCCUAAAACAAGACGAACACCUGCUGAAAGAAAAAGAAACUGUAAUAACCAAAUUAAAGUCUAAAAUUGACAAACUUUCGAAUGAGCAACCACCUUAUUUUAAAGUGUUCAAAAAGAAAAUAAUGAAAUAUCUGUUGCAAGAAUACAAUAUACAUCAAGAUAUAGCGCAAUCACUGUCGAUAUCUGAUAAAAAUAUAAUGGAGAUCCCACAACACGACACCCUCGAAUCUAAUGAAACUUGCCUGUUGAACGUAUUGAAAACGAACAAAAGUCUAUUAAACGCCGAGGCUCAAAAACUAUCGGAGUUACUUAAUGAUCUGGAGAAUACCAAAGUAACACUAGACAAAGUCAAGGAGGAAAGAGAGGCCGACAUACUUGAAAAGCAAAGUAUUCAAGAAGAGCUGGUGAAGUGCCAAAAUGGAUUGGAAGAAGCUGCAGCGGAAACCAACAGUUUUAAAAGAAAGUUAAGCGAACUCAACAUGAGACUAAACAGUUGUCAAAGUUCACUUCCCAGAAUACAAAAAGAAAAUCAAAUCAUGACCAGAAAGGUAAAGUCAGCUGAAGAACAAAAUAGUGCAAUGAAGAACCAACUGAUAGAAAUGCAAACCAAAACGGAGAUACUAGAAGAAACGCAGAAGCAGCUACGGCAGUCGAUAAACGAACAAGCGAACUGCAAAGAAGAAAUUAAGAAAGCACAAUCAGAUUUAAGUAAAUGCAACCAGGAGUUAGAGGAAAUUUCCGCGGAAAAACAAAGACUCACAAAAGAAAUAGAAUCGAUUCAACAUACCCAUAACAAAAUUAUAUUGGAAUUAAUGGCAAAAUGUAACGAAGAUCGUGGAGUUGAAGAGAAGGCCAUUUUUAAAAUAAAAAGUCUGGAAAAACUUGUGGAAGUUCUCAAAAAAGAAAAUAAAGAGUUGAAAUUCAAAGUUGUGUCGCUUAAACAAGUAAAAACGAUUGGAGAUAGUUACAAAGUAAAGCUAAAUGAAACAGAUAUAGAAUUAAAUGCACUGAAAAGUGAGAUGACAAUUAUUCAAAGACAAAUAGAACAAAACAAUGAAGACAAAGAGAAAUUAGAAAAAGAAAUGGUUGAAAUACAAACUCAACUAACUCGUGCAUUAGACGACAAAAGAAAGUUGGAAAUACAACUAAAUGAGAAGGAAAAAAUGAAUGAAAAAAUAUCAGAAGUACAAAUACAAUUAAGCAAGACAAUGAAUGAGAAAAAUAAAUUGGAAUUGGAAGUGAAAGAUUUGAGUCAACAGGUAAAUAAUUAUAAAGAAGUAGUAGAAAAAUUAGAGCAACAGAAAAAAGAAAUGGUUGGUUUAUUGGAAGAAGCUGAUAAAACUCAGAGUAGACUUUUGGAACAGUGCAACUAUGGUGACAAUGUUAAUGCUGAAUUUGGGUUGUUAAAAAAAUUAUACGAAGGUCAACAAAGUUUAUACCAGAGAAAGCUUUGCCAAAAAGAAGACCAAUAUAAUAUGAAAGUAAGGGAAAUGGAUGAAUUGGUAGAUAAAAUUUGUUUAAUGAGUCCUCAAAUAAACGAUCACGUAAGGGACGAAAUGAAAAAAUAUUUUGCAAAAUCAAUUGAUGGUGAAGGUGAUAUUGUCAGUUGGAUAGAUCAAAAAGCCAAAAUAUUAAGUGAACAUCUAUCUAGUCUUACUGUCUUCGAAAUCCAAAUUAAAGAUUCAGUUACUCGUCUAUUGAAUAAAUUAGAAAUAAAUAUUGGAGAUCUAUGCGGAAAUGAUAGAAGUAGUGUUAAAUCUAUACUCGAAGAGUUGCUAUCUGUAUUAAAAAUUACUAAAGCAGCUGAAAACAACAAAACUAUUAAUGCAGAUACGUUAAAUGUCAAAUCCUCGAGUACAUACUUACCACGUACUCCUGUUCAGCGAGGAUUAACCGAUUGUUUAGGUAUAAAACAGCUAAGUUCUUUGCCAGAUCCAAGUGAAGAGGAAAAUGAAAUAGAAAUUUGUUGUCAAAAUUACGAUAAGUAUUCAACGGUAACAUCAAAUGAUGCAAGUGAAUUCAUAGAACACAAGGAAAAUAAUAAUAAUCUCAGUACUGAAAAAUCUGUCUUGUCCAAGAAACCCAAAACGUCUGACGCAAAUAAGAAAUCUAGAUUGAAAACACCACCGAGAAAGUCUCCAACCUGUGCUAAAUCUAAGAUUCCAGUUCGUGAAAGAGUACACACUGAAUCGGUGAAGAGUCUUAAACUUGGAAAUCGUAAAAUAUCAGAAAAAUCAGAGAAACGCAAAUUGUGGCAUCACUAACGUUAGAAAAAAAAUAUUUCUAGUAAUUUCGUGUGAUUGAAAAGUUUCUUUUGUUCUGUUUAACUUUGGUCUUAAUCGUCAGUUCUAAUAAAUUGGAUUGCAUAAUUUAUGAAAAAUAGUAUUUUGUCUUAAAACCAAUAUUAUUUUAAUAAAAAUAUGGAAAGUGCA